UACAAUAAUCCAUUUCCGUCCAAGGAUUAUCCCAGCGAGCCAGUAUGGAAGCAAGUAUGGUUAUACCCAAGACGCUUCCUAUCCCGGUCCUUCACCACCGAUGAGCUAUCCUGCUUUUCCGCCGUACAACGCACCUCCCUAUAACCAACCUUCAUACAACAACUAUUCCAAACCAGCCUCGCCGGUUUACAAUCAGCCACCGGUCAAUCAUGGGCCACAACCGUAUGCACCGCCAAAUUACGCAGUCCCUUAUCCGGCGUCCGUUGGUCUGGACACUUCUCCGUACGGUACAAACAGGCCUUAUGAUCAGUGCGGAUUUCCCAAUGCAGUUCGCGGACUGCGAGUUGAUCCCUUCAAGAUCGCGGGAAUUUGGUACGGGUAUAACUCUUGGUUUAUAAACGCUACCCAGGAUGUGCCACAAUCGAAGGAUCAUCUGAACGUCAUUAAUUACUACACAAAUCUGGCUACAUGUCACUUCCCUACAACAGAUAUCCCCUGUGUGGUCAUGACUCAGGAGCAGACGUACACCGAUAGAAUCAGUGGAACAUGCCAAGGAUUCCACGAAGUAUCCCACUUCACCGAGGACGGACGACAGACUGGUCCGUAUUUCGAUAGGCGCGCAGCCGGCCUUGCAAUUCCUGCCGGUUUGGAUAAUUCCAUCGUACUGGCUAUGGAUUACGAAUCCUACGCUGUCUACCAUUCCUGCAGCAAAUACAGUUCCCGUUCCAGACUGUGCGCUGACCCCUACUUGUACACCUACACCCGCCGUAAACCCAAUCAGAUCAGCGCCGAAGAAAAGCGGAGAAUCGACGAAGCCGUUAGUAAUGCGGUCAAGCCGUUCUGCUUCGAUCCCCGACAGUUCAUUUACUAUGGACCAUGGAAUGACACCUUGGCGGCGUGCCCACGAACGCCGGGAUCCGACUGCUACCAAACUAUGAAAGCGGCGUACGCAUCCACAAUUGAGAUUAGCACACUGAAUACUUAGCCGAUAAUUUUAAUUUUUUUUUCAAGUUUUGGGAAAUACGAGUACGUACGGGAAACGCGAUUCUCACUAUGUUUACGCACGGGCAAUGAAAAAUUUUAUUGUGAGCUGUUAAAGUCAUGUCGACGUAUUUUGCCGCAGAUACAUAUUAAUUCGUAUCGUUCUAGAAACACCGCUAACAUAGUGGAACCUGGGAGUCAUUAAACUUUUACUUGGAGAAUCGCUAAUUCCCAGUGAUCUGUUAAUUUCAGGUAUUGGCGCCAGGAAGUGUGUGUGCUCAAAACGAUGCCCAAAAUUAUGGAAAACCGCCAUAUUAUUCACCUGCACCGGCAACAGAUUAUCAAGCCAAACCAUACGGAGGCUAUUCAGCCCAGCCACCAGUGAAUAACUACAACGGAGUUUAUCCGGGCGAAGGCCGUCCUGAUUAUUCCCAACAGGCUUCCUAUCCCGCCGCCCCAGCCUACGGUCUAGCACAGUAUGCUGCCCCCCAACAACCUACGCAGCCGUACUAUGCACCGCCUUACAACCAACCUUUCUACAGCAGUUAUACCAAACCACCCGCGCCGGUCUACAAUCAGUCACCGGUCAACUAUGGACCUCAACCGUAUGCUCCAACGAAAUACGCUAACCAGACCAAAUAUAACCCUUCAUUUGUUGGCUUGGACACGUAUCCGUACGGUGCCGCCAAGCCGUAUUACAAGUGUGGAAUCCCUAAUGCACCUCGCGGACUGUACAUUGAUCCAGCCAAGAUUGCGGGAAUCUGGUAUGGCUACAGCAUUUGGUUUAUAAACGCCACAAAGGACAUGCCGAUGACAAAAAAUGUUAUCAAUUACUACACAAAUCUUGGAAAGUGUUACUUUCCCACAACCGACAUCCCUUGCGUAGUGAUGACCCAGGAACAAUCUU